ACGGUCCGUAUCUCAGAAACAUUUGGCCACGUGAUACUCAUGACUGUUUAUUUAAUCUGCUUGUCCCAGUAAACGUCUCUCCUGACCUGUUCAUUUAUUAGGAUGAAAACCUCAUUGCUUUGUGUUUCUCUCUUGGUCCUUGUGGCCUUGACCUCGGCUGACCUUCUGUCGACCUUGAACACUAUCCACGCUUCAGACGCCUUCAAGCACCUGCCACCGCAAGGUCAGCUGCUGGUGGUGGAGCUGAUGAGUGAAGCUGCAGCAGGCCAACUUCAUGCUUACGUGGCUCAAGUUGGAAUUGACAAAAUAUUUCUCCUUCUCUCCCAUCUUCCAGAACAUGAAGAGGCCGUGGUUGUCAAUGCUUUGAACAAGGCCCUGCAGCACGAGUCUCACCCCGGCAACUAGGACGUCAUCACUACGUCAUUAUUGGAAUAUGUAUUCAAUCUUCCAGUAAAUAAACAUCUUUGACUCCG